CAGAGAUAAAUAACUUGCUAAGCAGAACCUAUCUGGCCCAUUCCCUAGGCAGGAGAGGUUAAGGAAAGCAUAGCACAGCGCCAAGCUAGGGAGGUGGGAGCGGCUGCUCCAUGUGAUGCGAUAUUUGUUUCCCUCCCCAGCUAUCAAGCUGAGCGCUGAUCAGGAUGUUAUGACGACAGAUGAGUUGGAGCCUCGGCCAGUCCGGAAUGAACAGAGCUCGAAAGACAGACACCGGAGAGCCUGGAUCAACCUGCAAGCGUGGACUGCUCACAGCAAAACAGCCCUGCAGAGCACUGUGGAGGAGGAGGAGGAGAGCCUGUGGCCAUUGCGGGGGCUGUGCACAGGUGGCCAUUCAAGCCCUGUGGCACAGGGUGGUAAACUGCAGUACUGCAGUCCAAGCUCUGCUCAUGUCCUGAGUUCGAUCCCGACAGAAGUCGGAUUCAGGUAGCCAGCUCAAGAUUGACUCAGCCUUCCAUCUUACUGAGUCCCCAGAUGUCUGCUGUCAACUCAGAUAUACCUGGUGGGACUGAUGGAAGAAAUGCAGAAUCCAACAGGGGAACAACGGACUCUCCAAAAGUUACUUUAAGCUCAGAGCUCCCGCGUCCAGCCAAUCCUGGCAUCACUAGCUUCCCUUUCCAUCAGGAAAAAGUCCCUCUCCAUCCUAUCUACACCAAUGGUUUUGGGGUUGCCCGAGGAGGCUCUGUGAGGCAGCAGCAGCCGCAGAUGCCCGGGAAGCAGCAUGUUGGCUCUACUGCUUCCGUCUGCUCCAAAAGCAGCCGGAAGAGCUGCAAAUCGACAGCUUCUCAGAUCCAGGAGGAGGCCAAGGAUGACUGCUGCGCCCACUGUGCUCUCGCCUGCCUCUUCUGUGAAUUUAUCUCCCUCUGCUCACUCGCCCUGGACUGUUUGGGCUGCGGAGGAUGCCUGGAGGUUUGCUGCAGCAGGGAUGGCGGGGAAUCCCUGGGGGAGUGUUGCUGCUGUGGGGAAGCAGGGGCAGGGAAUUGCUCCUGUGGGUGUGGGUGCGGAAUGCUGCAGGAUUGCUGCGGUUCCUCUGACUGCCUUGAGAUCUGUAUGGAGUGUUGCUCUAUCUGCUUCCCAGCUUGAAUUCAGGGAUUCAGCUGAAACACUCAAAAGGCUUUCCUGGUCCCAGACUCAACUGAACGUGCAUGUAAAUGUGUCUCCUCUUUUAAGAAUUCUCUCUCCAUUACAAAGCUUGGUAGUGGACUGUUAAGGGCGUAGCAUACAAUGACCCUGUUGACUGUGACGUCAUCAAACAAGCUCCUCCCUCAUGCUCGACACCCCUGCACGCACACAUGACCGAGCGUGGUCAUGCUGAAUGAAGUAAGGCCUGUUCAUACUGUUCUGACACUGUGAUGCCCUAUUUACAAAGCAUGAGGUCACCAAACAAGCGAAGAAAGAUCCAUGCAGCCCAGUUUACAUUAGGCAUGCUAGGUUCCACACAUGUCCUGAAAUAUAAUCGGGACCAAGCCUUUUUUUGCUACUGUGAUCUUGCCAAAAGCUCCAUGCUGCUCCUUGUGUCUGCAAAGUCGCAGGCUACAGAUGGAAUCUUUAACUGUGAUCAAAGAACUUCUGCACCGAUGCUGUGGUGGCCCCUGGACAGGCCAAAGCUGAAGAUUCCUGCUAAGAUGCCCCAGAAAAGGUGUCUGAUGUGAUUCUCAUCUCAGUGACAGUGAUUUCACCGCUGCUCCUUGCUUGGGGUGUUUUGUCUUGUUUUGUUUUUGUUAUGGUUAUUGUGCCCGGAACUAUUUCAUUAUAUUGUCCACAGUGACUGACUGACUAAAAUAAAGGAAUGGA